CGAAAAUGACUCAGCCUUGCUACACUGUGGAAAUGGAUUGUACUGGUGAUCCAAGUAGUUUGAUUGGACCUUCCCAUCUGUCCAAGAUCAUUCCGCCUCCUGUUUAUCCUACUCACAAACCUCAUCUGGCCUCGUUUGAAGAUUACAAGACAAUGCAUACUGAAAGCAUCUCAAAUCCAGAAGCGUUCUUUGGAAAGCUUGCCAACGAACUGCUCACAUUUUCACACCCAUUCUCGAGUGUCAAGAGCGGUGGUUUUAAACACGGAGAUAUCGCUUGGUUCCAAGACGGAGAGCUUAAUGUUUCGUAUAAUUGUGUGGAUCGCCAUGCUCUUGCUAAUCCAGACAAAAUUGCUAUUAUUUGGGAAGCCGAUGAGCCAGGUGAAGGUGAAAGCUGGACCUACCUCCGUUUACAGCAGGAAGUAUGUCGCUUUGCAAACUUGCUGAUCAAGUACGGUGCUCGAAAGGGUGAUGUUGUCGCUAUUUACAUGCCCAUGUUGCCUGAAACUGCAGUUGCUAUGCUGGCAUGUGCUCGACUUGGUGUGUUAUCCAGUGUUAUCUUUGCUGGCUUCAGUGCUGAAGCUCUCCGAGAUCGUAUCAUAGAUGCCAACUGCAAAAUCCUCAUCACAACCGACCAGGGCAAGCGUUGCGGAAAGGUUAUUCAUCUUAAAAAGAUUGCCGAUCAGGCUGUCAGUGGAUGUCCUUGCAUCAACAAUGUUAUCGUGUUUCAACGCACUGGCGAUAUCGAAGUUCCCUUUUCCUCGCCGCGCGAUGUGUGGUGGCAUGAAGAAAUGCGCUAUCAACGCCCAUACUGUCCUGCUCCCCCAAUGAGCAGCGAAGAUCCUCUUUUUAUACUAUACACUUCAGGAUCUACCGGAAAGCCAAAAGGAGUUGUUCAUACUCAAGCUGGCUAUUUGCUUGGUGCAGCUGCUACUUGUAAAUAUGUGUUUGACGUUCAUCCCAAUGAUAUAAUUGGCUGCAUGGCUGACGUUGGUUGGAUUACUGGACAUACAUAUAUUGUUUAUGGUCCUCUCUGCCUUGGUGUGACCACAGUCAUAUUUGAAAGCACUCCUGUUUACCCUAACCCCGGGCGUUACUGGGACCUGGUAGACAAACAUCAAGUCACUCAGUUUUACACUGCACCCACUGCUAUUCGUGCAUUACGUAGUCUCGGUGACGAACCCGUCAAAGCAUACAAACUUGACUCGCUUCGUGUGCUUGGAUCUGUCGGUGAGCCAAUUAAUCCAGAAGCAUGGUUGUGGUAUUAUGAGGUUGUUGGACGCAAAAAGUGCAUGGUUGUUGAUACAUACUGGCAGACUGAGACCGGAUCUCAUCUAGUCACUCCUAUUACGGGCGUGACCCCAACCAAGCCUGGAGCAGCUACUUUUCCCUUUUUUGGAAUUGACACUGCUAUUCUUGAUCCGACUACUGGAAAAGAAUUGGAAGGAAAUGGUGUUACUGGCGUGCUUGCCAUUCGCAACUCCUUUCCAUCCAUUGCACGCACUAUAUACAAUGAUCAUCAGCGCUUUGUAGACACUUAUUUCAAGCCAUAUCCUGGAUUUUAUUUUACUGGAGAUGGUGCAACUCGCGAUGAAGAUGGAUUUAUUUGGAUCAACGGUCAUGUGAUCAAUGUUUCCGGCCAUCGUUUAAGCACUGCUGAAAUUGAAGCUGCGUUGAUUCUCCACCCUGCCUGCUCUGAAGCCGCUGUUAUUGGUAUUCCUCACGAUAUUUUCGGUCAAGCCAUUGUGUGCUUCUGUACUCUCAAAUCUCAUGGAGACAUUGCAGCACUUGAACAGGCGUUUAUUACCCAGGUUCGAACACAUAUCGGCCCCUUUGCCACACCUCAGCGGGUUGUAAUUGUUGCUGAUCUACCAAAAACGCGAUCUGGAAAAAUCAUGCGACGUAUUUUGCGCAAAGUGGCAACAAAAGAAGUCAGUAGAGAGGAUGCAGAUAAUGAUGAAGUGAUUCAUGCCAAACUGGGUGAUUUGAGCACUCUAGCCGAUCCUUCGAUUGUCAAGCAUUUGAUAGCAAAGUUUUAAAAGUAUCAACAUUUUUUGAUGCACCGAGUUUAAACUCCUCAUUUGAAGUUACUUGCAAUACGUUUUGUUUUUACAACAUGGAAUUGAGAAUAAAGCAAACAUAUAUUUUCA